GGCGCGUAAAGUGGAGUCCGAGAUCCACUGACUAACUGAUCAGAUCAAACUCCUACUUCACCUUUCUUCUUUCACCGUUGAAGCAGUUUCUCUCUCUGUUGGUGUGUAGAAUUUUUGUACCGCCCCAUGGUGAUUCUGAUACUUCCAGGAAUUUGUUUUCCCUGCUAACCACAAAGUGGGUUUGAGGUGGUGACCCUUAAAUGGAGAAAGAACCCUUACUUCCAUAUGUAAGAAAACCAAAACCACUUCAGCUUUCCUCAACACCUCCCUCUCUCUGCCCUCUCCCUGAAGAUGGAGAAUUAACCCUUCCUUUAACUCCAUCAGAGCUCAAAGACCGAAUCAUCUUUGGUCCUUCAUCUCCUUCCACUGAACCCUCUUCACUCCUCACCGAUGCCCUAACCCUAGCCAUCAAUUCUCCUCGCUCAUUUCCUUCUCAAGAUACUCGUCAAGAGCAACAGUCAUGGCUCACAGAUCCCAAUCACCGCUGGACCAAAACCAAUCUUCAUCGCUCAAAAACAGCCCCUGCUAUGUCUGUCAUCAACGAUGUCGACCACCCUUCAAUUCCCAAACCCAAAUUCGCCUCUGGGUCGAUCGUUCUCCAGGCUAUUGUACUUCUUGUUAUCUAUCUCUCGCUUGGGGUACUCAUCUACUCCUUCAAUCGCAAGAAUUUCACAGCGACUGAAACCCAUCCUGUAGUUGAUGCCCUUUACUUCUGUAUCGUCACCAUGUGCACAAUUGGGUAUGGUGAUAUCACCCCUAACUCCACUUCUACGAAGUUGUUCUCGAUUAUGUUUGUUUUAAUUGGGUUUGGGUUCAUUGAUAUCUUGCUUUCGGGGAUGGUGAGUUUCGUGCUUGAUUUGCAGGAGAGUUUGCUUCUGAGUACUGUUAAGGCUAGGGGAGAACAUGAUGCGAGGUCUUAUAUUAUUGAUGUGAAGAAGGGGAGGAUGAGGAUUCGAAUGAAGGUGGCAUUGGCUUUGGGGGUUGUAAUUCUCUGCAUUGGUAUUGGGACUGGUUUUAUGCAUUUUGUGGAGAAGCUUGGGUGGUUGGAUUCGAUUUAUCUCUCGGUUAUGUCUGUUACUACUGUUGGAUAUGGGGACCACGCUUUUAACUCCUUGCCUGGUCGUUUGUUUGCAUCAAUUUGGCUUCUGGUCUCUACGUUGGCUGUUGCUCGAGCCUUCCUUUACCUGGCUGAGGCUCGGAUUGAUAAGCGUCAUAGGAUGAUGGCGAAGUGGGUGCUAGAUCAGGAUAUGACCGUUGCGCAGUUUCUCGCUGCGGAUAUUGACAAUAAUGGCUGCGUGAGCAAAUCAGAGUAUGUCAUAUACAAGCUUAAGGAAAUGGGAAAGGUAGCAGAGAAAGACAUUCUACAGAUCUGCAACCAAUUUGAUAGGCUGGACACCGGCAAUUGUGGGAAGAUUACUCUUGCUGAUCUGAUGGAAAGUCAUAACUGAUUGAUCGCAAUGCGGGUUUGGUUCCUCCAAUUGAACAAAAGGGUGGCCUAAGAGGGAAAAAGAAUGGCAACACCAUUCAUUCACCUCUAGUUCUUGGAUAGAAGAGAUUACAUUUUGUAUUAAUCUCUAGUUCUCAGAACGGCCAUAUUUUUUUUUUCUGUCUUUCUAGGUACGGCUAUAUGUCGUCACAUGCAGAUUGUAUAUGGGGUUGUACAAGGUGAAAGGUGUUGCUGUCUACUAAUUUGUAUAGUAGAAAUUAUAAAGUUUAAUGCAAUUAUAGCUCAUUUAAUUGAAAAAAAAAAAUUGUUUCCACCCCA